UCUAACUGGAGAUGAAUGGAGCCUGAAGCUCAGAAAGCCAAACUUCUUCCAGGCACGGCGGUGUGUCGGCAUCACACUGCUUCGGACAGCAUGAAGGCGCUCCUGUUCACCUGUCUGCUGGUGCUGUGGCUGACAGCAGCCUCAGCCUGGAGGUUUAAGCGGGAGUCACAGCUGAGAUCCGGAUCUUUACCCAACGGAUACAUCAGCGAGUAUUUAAAAUCGAGGAGACCAAGGAGGGAGCUGCCUGCUGCUGACGAGCCAGGUGCCAGCGCUGGCCCUCCGAACGGCGGCGCCGAUCUGCCCACCUGCCUGAUGUGCGUCUGCCUGUCUGGUUCGGUGUACUGUGAGGAGGUCUCUCCAGACAUGACCACCGUCCCCCUGCUGCCAAAAGAAACCGCCUACCUGUACGCCCGCUUCAACAAGAUCAAAAAGAUCGGCAGAAACGACUUUGGAGACACCGUGACUCUGAAGAGAAUAGAUCUCACAGGAAACAUGAUCUCAGAGAUCGAUGACGCUGCUUUCUCUAAGCUGACCCUCCUGGAGGAACUCUCUCUGGCGGAGAACAGACUCGUCAAACUUCCCGCGCUUCCGACCAAGCUCGUUUCCUUCAACGCAAACCACAACAUGCUCAAAACCAAGGGCGUCAAAGCCAACGCUUUCAAGAAACUGACCAAACUGGCCAACCUGUACCUGGCCCACAACCAGCUGGAGGCCGUCCCAUUCAUCCCAGAGACCGUCCGGAUCCUUCACCUCCAGGAAAACAACAUCACUGAUGUCAACACGGACACCUUCUGCAAGUCCGACAACUCCUACUAUCUACGCCCAAGCCUCUCCGAGGUCCGUAUGGACGGGAACCCGGUCGUGCUCUCCAAGUACCCAGACAGCUUCACCUGCAUGAACGUACUGCCUGUGGGACGGUACCGCUGAAGAAGACACAGGAGCAACACCACAAAGACUAACUAUAGAGCCUCUUCAGCAGAACAGAACCUUUUCCACAAGCAAACCAGACCUGGUUCUCUUAACGCGGAGAAAUGGGUCUACCCACAUCCCAACGGUCCGGUCGGUCUCCAUCUGGACUUUCUGUCUAAUAUAUCGGACCAACAAAACGUUUGAGUCUUAUUAACAUAGAGACGUUAGGCAAAUAGAAAAACGUUUGUUUUACAAGAAGAAAAAUUAUUCUGUAUGGUUCCAAUCUUUAAAUGAUGAACAUUUCCUGCUAAUCAUAAGAUCACUUCCAUCCAUUCAUGGCUCUUUUAUUACCUCUUAGAUAUACCCAGAGGUCCAGGUAACAUAAGCGUUUUCUCCUCCAAAUGAAAGUAAAAUCUAUAUUUUUAUUGUUACUUACCAGAGAGAUCUGCUCCGUUUUAACCCCUGAUAUAUGAGCUGCAGUGAUCAAACAUCCGACGCGACUGCAUGGCCUGUAGAUGAUGGUGAUGAUCAUGAUGAUGGCUGUGUGGUGUUUUCUAACUUAACUUCAGUUUGUUUCUAAUUUAUAGAGUCCAGUCCAGGUGAGCUGGAGAACAUGUAUCUAUGAGCUUUAGGAAUGUGAAAGUUACUCUCUUGUUUCUUCUUUUCCAGCUAAUUAAACCUGUUUUAUGAUAACUGAUGUGAAUAAGAUAAGUGGAGGUGUACAGAAGGAGGUAUAAUAUUUGAUAUGUUAAUAAACUGUUUUUAAUUACAA